AUGCCUAACGUUAUUCGUACGAAACGUGCAAUAGAUGAAAUUGAGUCUGGUAGCGAAGCGUAUUCAAGUGAUAGUGAAUGUGUCGACACAGACAGCGACAUAUCCGAUGCUGAACCAGAGGAGGCCGAUUAUGAGUCAGAUACGGUGUCGGAGGACGAAGACUUUGUUUAUUCGUACACCUUCAGAGCGAAAAAUAACGUGGAGUGGUCGACCGCGAGUGGUGAUACCGGAAAGACCAGAACUGCGGACAAAAUGACUGGAGUACCAGGCGUGCGGCCUCAUGUGCGAGGAACGGUAGCCAAACUGGUUGAUGCUUUCAAUGUUUUUUUCACAAAAGACAUGAAAGCCAUAAUUCUUAUCCAUACCAACGUGAAAGGAAAGCUUAUGUUUCCGAAGUCGUGGACGGAGUUGGAUGCAAUCGAACUAGACGCGUUUCUGGGCUUGUUGAUUCUACACGGCGUGAAUCAUGAAAGCAAAAAGCCAUUGUGCCAGCUGUGGAACGAAGCGAAGGGUCGACCCAUUUACAACGCCACCAUGUCUCGAAACCGUUUUAGCGAAAUAUCUAGUGCACUCCGUUUUGACAAUAAAAAGUCACGAUACCUACGCGAACUUACUGAUAAACUGGCACAUAUUCGGGAGUUGUUUGAAUUGUGGGUACCAACGUUGCGAAAUUCCUAUCUACCUGGUCCUUAUCUCACUAUAGACGAGCAGCUGUACUCGUUCCACGGCCACUGCAAAUUCAAGCAGUAUAUUCCGAAGAAACCCUCAAAGUACGGGCUGAAGAAUUUUAUCUUAGCUGAUUCUGCCUCGAAGUACUGCUGCAACAUACAAGUGUACACGGGAAAAUCUCCGGGCGCCCCUCCAGAAAGAAAUCAAGGGCGCCGUGUUGUUUUGGAUCUUGUGCAGUACCUAGGAGUCGACUCCGGAAGAAAUGUUACGACAGACAACUUCUUCACAGAUCUCGAAUUAGGUCUUGAGCUGCUCAAACGAAAUAUUACUCUGGUUGGCACGAUGCGCAAGAAUAAGCCAGAUAUACCCGCAGCUUUUUUACCAUCCAGAGAACGUGCCGAAUUUUCCAGUCUUUUUGGUUUCACAAAGGAAGCCGCACUUGUUUCGUAUGUUCCAAAGAUUGGCAAAGCAGUUAUACUUCUCAGCACCCACCACCGUGAUGCUGCGGUUGAAACGACCAGUGACAAGAAACCUGUCAUCAUCACCACAUACAACGAAACGAAAGCUGGAGUCGACUCCCUGGACCAAAUGGUUACCAUGUACAGCGUGAAGCGUCGCACGCGUCGUUGGCAGGUAAUUCUGUUCUACGAUAUGGUUGACAUAUCUGCGUUAAAUGCGUUUGUGGUGUGGAUCGAAUUAAACCCUGCUUGGAGCCGAGCAAAACACCGUAGACGACUGUUUUUAGAAUCGCUAGCAGAAGAGCUGCUAGAAUACCCUAUGCGUCGACGCCUGGAACUGAAACACAUUAGCGCCACGGUGCGCGGUACUAUCAAGGCAUUACUCAAGAUUCCAGAGGAAACGGGUCGACCCAUGCAGCAAAUUCUUGCGCCUCCCUUUACUGGCCAGAAGCGCUGUAAAGUGUGCGCGAAAGUCGGUGAAUAA